CUCUUUCUCUCUUUCUCAAUUUCUCAUCCUCUACUCUCCUCCUCUCUUGCACACUUACAUCCUCGACAACGCCAUCGUCGACACCGACACCCCCACUUCCAGCUCUGACGUGUGCCUGCUACGUCGAUUUGUAACCGCGGACCCUGCCCAGCCUCCCGAGUUAACUGCCCUCCCUGCCUUUUGCUCUCUCCAUCGCUCCAUCUCCAUAAUCUCUCUCCACUCUCUCCUCUCUUCGCCCUCUGCCCCUCCCCCUCCUAGCCAUGAACGCCCAGCAGCGCAUCGAGCGCCAGCUCGAAGAGGUCCUCAAAAUGCCCGGCAACGACCGUUGCGCCGACUGUCGCGCUGCCGCCCCUCGCUGGGCCAGUGUCAACCUCGGCAUCUUCCUUUGCGUCACUUGCGCCAGCAUCCACAGGAAGAUGGGCACCCAUCGAUCGCGAGUCAAGUCGUGCACUUUGGACGAGUGGACGCGCGAGCAGGUCAUGGGCAUGAAAGAGAUGGGCAACAUCAAGUCCAACGCCAUCUACAACCCCGACCCCAAGCGAAACCCGCCACCAGCAACUGUGAGCGAUGAACGCGACUCGGAGAUCCAGAAGUUCAUCCGGCGCAAAUACGAACUGGGAGCGUUCAAGGCUGGUGCUGGGCGAGACUUGGCUUCUGCGAGCGUCAACAGCCGCACCCAGGCGUUGCAGGCCCGCGGACUUGCUCCACCAAAGUCCUCGACCCCCCCUCCGCCCGACACGAACAGGUCGCUCCCUGCCCUGCCACCAGGUUCUUCGCGCCGCCCCGCCCGCUCAAACAGUAACGCUCCCGUGUGGUCGUCGCUCGGGCAGAGCAACACGGGCUCGAGCAGCUCGUCGUCAUCCAACAGCCUCGCGCCACCCGUGACGCCCGCCGCGCUCCCGCCGCGCAGCGCAAGCCACUCGUCGCCAAACCAAGCCCCAUCACUCCUCAAACCCGCUCAGGGCGAGCAGCGCAACGGCGACCUGCUGGUCGACACGGGCGGCUCGUCGUCAUCAACACGGCCGCUCCAACUCGCCGGCUUCCCCACCGUGCCCGCUGCGCCGGCCGUCCUGCCCCUCCCCUCGCCCAACGGGCCGGCGCCAUCGCCGCUCGCACUCGGUCAGCAAGCCUUCUUCCAGCAGUUCUCCCCGACCGCCGCGCCGUCCAACAACCCCUUCGCGAUGCAGUACGGCCAGACCCUGUCGCCCAUGGGCGCGCCAUACAUGCAGACCCACAUGGGCAACCAGCUCGGCAUGAACGGCAUGAGCAUGGGCAACAUGACCAUGGGCAUGGGAGGCAUGGGCAUGGGCAUGGGCAUGGGCAUGAUGGGCUCGAGUCCCAACGGCAUGUCUAUGCAGCAGGGCAUGAACUCGGCCGGGAUGGGUAUGAAUGGCAGCAUGGCAGGCGCCAUGGGCAACGGCAUGGGCGGCGUCCAGAUGGCCCAGCCCGUCCAGUACCAGCAGCAGCAGUACUGGCAGUCGGGAUACAUGUAGCUGCUGCCCUGCACUAUUCGGCGCGGACACUGGGAUACCAAGAUCGAGUUGCACUUUUUGUUGUAUUGUAGACACGAUGCAGGCGUAGAGAUCAGA